AUGACGCCAACCGGAGCAAUGAGUCAAAAGGCAAAGCCGACGACGUUUACCUGCUGCUUGGUGAGUUUCGCAUUUUUAAGACACGUUUUGGUAACCUUUCGUUAUUAUAUAAACCUCUUGCACCACGAUUUCAACUAGGCGCACGACUUUUCCUUCGUCUGCACUGUGUGUCUUGAAGGGAGAGCAGGAUUUAACGAUGCAAGCCUGAUUUUAUAUGAUUAUUCCGGUUUUUGUAUGCUGUGCGGAUCUAUAUUUCCAAGGAACAAAGAGCGAUCAGACUUCGCCCACGCGGAUCGAUCGCCGGAGAGCUAAGCGAUCGAGCGAGGAAAAUCAGAAAACCAUUUCCAUCUGCUGAGGUUUUGCUAGCAUCCUUUUCCCAUCUUUCUCUAAAACGAAAUCGAAAGCUGGGUCAACUCAGCUACUUUGUUUUUAAAAUAAUUUGCUCUUGGAACACAUGCGGCAAAAUAAGGUUAUUUAUGUUAAAAUACAGACAUUGUUUACUUUUUAAAAAGCAUUUUUAUUAGCCGCAGCAUGCGGCGAAGGAUUUCCAUUGGACUGCACGGUAAAAAGUACAAGGGCAUAAUCGAGCUGAAAGGAAAUGCUGCUGUUAAGAGCAACCAAGCUGACAAGGACAUUAUUCCCUUGGUCGCUAAAUUAAUUUGCUCUCCCGGUUUCCUGGGGUAUUUAAGAAAUUAUGCAAAUUUUUUGUGUUACCUCGAGUGGACAAAUAUAGAUUUGUUACAUAAACAUGACAAAGAUAAACAUCUACUGUUUAUGCGAAAAGACAUAAGUACAGAACAGAAAAUUCGCUGUAUUGAAGGCGAAUUUUAAUUACUUUCUCGAGGUUUCCCUUGAGCCACACGGCUUUCUUUUGCUAAAAACGUUGCAUUUGAAAUCCUACUUUGCUCUACUUUUUAAUUUUAUAUUUUAUAUUUACUCCGCGAAGGCAGCCGCAGCCCGCAGGCCCUACGUUGAGGUAUAUCAUUGCACUGCAAAGAAAGAUUAACUUUUAUAUAUUCAUGACUAGUGUUGACACCAAACGGAAAUGCGCUUCACUUUGUGUGGCUAACGCACGUAGCUAGCUGAAGUUAAGACCAAGAACUGCAGCCAUAUUGUUUUAAAAUACUCUCGGGGAAAAAGGCGAAAACGGAAAACGAAAAGAAACAGCAAAAAAAAAAAAGGCAAAAAAAAAACAAAACAAAACAAAUCGGGGAGCGAAGCAAGCCGAGCGAUGGCCUACUUCUGCUCGCCGAUUCUUUUCUUUCUUUCUUUCUUUCUUUCUUUCUUUCUUUCUUUCUUUCUUUCUUUCUUUCUUUUUUUGGGGGGCUUCUGCCCCAGGGCAAAGGGGAGCCUCAUUGUCCCAAAGGGCCCCACCACCAACUGUCCCUAUCGUUGAUUUUAUUGAUCGGGGCCCCGGGGGUAAAUAACAAAGUUUUAUACGGGGAGGCCCUUCCUCGAGGUUUAACCCCUUACCCUGUAAUAUACCAUUUUAACAGAAAAGGUACCCCUUUCACAUACCAAGUUCAGAACUUUGCAUCCUUUUUUAACUGCUGUAAAUGUACUUUCUUUUAAAUAUGAUAAAAUAUACAAAACCAGUUAACCCUUUUAUCCUUUUUACAGACCUACCUGACAGAUUUCCAUUCCCUUUCAUAUACUUCAACUAGUGAAAUCCCAUUCCUACCCUUUCCUAUAAACUUGAACCUUGCAAAAAGUGCCUUCGGGCGGAGCCUUUUUAUAUAGGGCAUUAUAAGGAGUGCACCCCGCCCCCGACCCCCCCUCCCCUCCCCCACCCCCUUCAUUAUAGGAGGAAACAGGGUUCUGUCGGUUCUGCUUUUCGAUUAUAUUUCGGUCCAAGAUUUUAGUUAAAUUUCUUGUGCUUUUCCUCGUAACCUUAAUUUACCCACGUUCGGGCUUUGGUCGUCUUGAAGAAGCAGAAGAGAAAUUGACAAAUACGGCAACGAUGCAUUCUAGUGCCAGCGUAAAAGCCCUUUUUUCUAGGUAAUUUCGUUGUUGUUUUUUUGUUUGUUUCGAGGCGAUCAAUCAACGAUUUUCCGAUUUCAUUAGUCACGGGAUACUGAUCCACCAUGGCUCCCAUGUGGACUAUUGACAGUUUAACCCUAAUCGCAACAGUUCCUAGCUGAGCCGGUUCGAAACAGCGGUAAUUCUCAAUCAAUUCUCCUCACGUUUACACAUGUCAUACUGUAGAAUAGCUUUAAAUUCAAGAACAACGAAACCAACAAAGGGCGCCCAAAACACCUGUGUAUAUCUACCGCGUAUAAUGAUAGUUUUUAAAUUCUCGAAACACGCGCGUUGUGCAGUUGUAACGCAACCUUACACAAGGCACGUGGGUUGCACGUGCGUUCAAAACAAAGUGUACAUAAAUUACGGAAGCACUCUAAAAAUGAUGAUUUAGGCCCAUGUCAUUUUUAGCUAGCCUGUUUCAGAUGGACAUACCUGUAGCCCGCAUUACUUUGUAUAAUUUAACUUUUGUCAAUAGUGAUACUAUAAAAUAUAGGGAGGUUGCUCCUUUAAAGAUACUUUUUUUUACCUUAAUGGCAUUGAAGAUUGCAUGCAAACAAGAAUUUGACCAAUAUUGGAAGAGGCGAGUCUUUUCUAUCUUUAGAAACUCUUUUGUUUACUGGCAUGAACUGAGGAGACUUUGCGCACAAGGGAGUUUACAACUACCUUACUAGAUUCUGUUGCAUUGCAGUUAGACGAUGCUGAAUUGGCUAAACAGAGUUGUCAAGCAGUAUUGCAGUCUGCAAACAAGAAGGAAAAGGCAGCACAGAUUGUGGUGUGCAAAGAAACAGUGUCAACUGGGCAGGAUAGUUGUUGGUCUUGGGUGGUGUGUUUUGCGGCUGUUUUUUCAAAUGUGGUUAUUUGUGGGUUUACCUACAGCUAUGGUAUCUUGUUUCCAGCUCUCCUAGACGAGUUUCAGCAGGGAAAAGCUAACACAGGUAAAGAAACAACAUAGAAGAGCACCUCAUAUGAGAAUUGGCAUCCUUUCGGGAGGAGGCCUGGGGAAUACUCCCGCGAAACUGUGAACGUGCGGGACUGAUUGUUGCCCGUUUGUAAACUGAACAUUUUGGUAUCACUCAGCGUGUUCAAGACGAAGCAACUUUAAAUUUUGCCCCUUGCAUGUAUCUCUUUUUGAUGGGAGUGCCCCCCCCCGGGGGGGGGGCUGGUAUCGCGUGCUUAUUUUCGAACUACCUCUGUCAAAAACGCAGUUCCUUGCUUAUCUUAUCACUGAAUUAAAACAUUUAGAUUGGACUGCAAAGCGGGUUUUUCAAAUUAAUUCGUUGCUUUAGAAAACCGCUUGGAGUCUCUUUAUCUUCUAACCUGCAGCUAGAAGAAAUGGGUGAUCUAAGUAUAUAACUUACUAUAAUUCCCUACGUCUUGCUUGUUAAUGAUCUCGCACUCAAAUCUACAGGUCUCAUAUAUUUCUCUCUAAAUCUCGAGAGUGCACUACUCAGCUUACCCACUUGAAUUGAGCUUCAAUAUCAACACGAAUGUUUUUACAAUGUUAUUUAUCAGUGUAGUUCUUACAGCAUUAGCAAAAAAGCAAGCGAUAUUUAAGACUUUGGAGUACAACGUCGCAACGCAGUCGUUAAAAGAUGUGUAAAAUGUCUCCAGUACCCCCAGAAACUCAGAUCUUUGACCAUUAUCAAGUCUGUAAAAUCAUGAUAACCUUAAAUCUACUGGUAACUAACUCACCUCUCUGCCUGUACUUACACAUGGUGCUAUUUGUUUUUCAAAAUUUCACAUGAUGAAGUUUGGAAAUUUGGUCAAAAUUUGCUUUAGGCUAAAUUUGGCGGUGAUUGGAGAAGGUUCUCCUUUAUAAGGCAUUGUUUAAGGGAUCAGUUCCAUAAAAAUUAACUAUAGUAAUCGGCUCCUGACCUAACAACUCACGCCCAAGUUCCCUUUACCGAACACCUAAGCGGGCAGUCAUGGUCCCAAUCAAAACUACUAACACUGUAUUCUAAACCUUCCUUUACGAGGACGCCCCUCUCCUUAGUCGCAGGGGGCAUCCUCUUUCGGAAGGUUCUACUAUUGCUUCUAAGUACGUAAACUCCUCUUUCCUUAUUUCCCCUUACUUCCUUUAUGCUUUUGCAUUGAACGCUCACGUCAGGGUCGCCCCUUCUACCUUUAUUAGGGACUUUUUUGUACAUUUCUCUGCCCGUUUUUGCACGACUACGACGUGAACAUGCCUAAUUUCGCGUUUUAUGGACGACGUAAACAAGCAACGAGGAAAUUUUAUUUCUCUUUCUGUACUUGGAUAUGGUGCCGGGUUCGCCUACAUUUGACAAAGUAAGUGGGUAGGAAUAAUUGCGAUACUGAAAGAACGUAAAUCCACUUUUUAAGCGACGUUCUCAUUGCCGUCGCGUCGCUGGAUCUUAAAGUCCCUAUUGUAACAUACUUCGGCCGCUAACUAGCCUGCGAGCGAGCUCUACAUCGCCCCCGCGUCUUCUUUUGCGUGCGGCUCUCGCGUGACUUCUCGCGACUCCCCCAACAGGAGAGCUUGUUCGCUUGCUAGCCACUUACGAACAUUAAAGAUAUUUUUCCACUUUUGUUUUUCAUUAGCUUGGAUAGGUUCAAUUGCAAUGGCAGGUGUUGGACUCUAUGGUCCUAUCAUCGGAAAGGUCUACCAUCGUUUUGGUGCUCGAACUGUGGCGUUUUUGGGAUCAAUUAUCUGUGUGAUUAGCCUCAUUGCGACCUCCCAAGCCCCCAACCUCUAUGUCAUGCUUGCCACGUAUGGAGUGUUAUUCGGCUUUGGUGCCUGUAGUGUAUAUAUGAUUACGUUUAUGGCCGUGCCAAGGUACUUCGUUAGGUGGCGCUCUCUAAGUUUGGGACUAAUAGCAAUGGGGCCUGGUGGAGGACUAUUUAUCAUGAGCCCUAUUGUACAAGCUCUGUUCGAAAGGUUCGGCUGGCGAGGAACAUUUUUAGCUAUGGCUGGUGUCGUUUCUCUAGCAUGCGUAAUGGCAUUUGUUUAUCGACCAAUCACCCUGGAAUCUGACAAAGUGGAACUACACAGUGACAGCAAAGCGGAUAGUAAGUUCUGGGACUUAUCAAUCGUCAAACAUAAAAAGUUUAUGCUUUGCGUAACUGCAGGAGUAGUUUUUUACCUGGGUCACUAUACACCAACAGUACAUAUGGUAAGUCAAACACCCUCCCUUCACAAGUAACACAUGCCUUCACAUGCCUUGUUCCCCAUACCCCUCUGCGUAGCUCAUUGCAUCAAAGCAACCUCCCGGUAUCUAGGUGUUCAUGGGUCAAAAUUUCGUCCGGGUUCGGAUAGAUUUUGUUGUUUGUNAAUAGCAAUGGGGCCUGGUGGAGGACUAUUUAUCAUGAGCCCUAUUGUACAAGCUCUGUUCGAAAGGUUCGGCUGGCGAGGAACAUUUUUAGCUAUGGCUGGUGUCGUUUCUCUAGCAUGCGUAAUGGCAUUUGUUUAUCGACCAAUCACCCUGGAAUCUGAGAAAGUGGAACUACACAGUGACAGCAAAGCGGAUAGUAAGUUCUGGGACUUCUCAAUCGUCAAACAUAAAAAGUUUAUGCUUUGCGUAACUGCAGGAGUAGUUUUUUACCUGGGUCACUAUACACCAACAGUACAUAUGGUAAGUCAAACACCCUCCCUUCACAAGUAACACAUGCCUUCACAUGCCUUGUUCCCCAUACCCCUCUGCGUAGCUCAUUGCAUCAAAGCAACCUCCCGGUAUCUAGGUGUUCAUGGGUCAAAAUUUCGUCCGGGUUCGGAUAGAUUUUGUUGUUUGUCUCACGUCGGUACAAAUAUUGCAUAUCUAUACCCCUCCCUUUCCCUUUCCACUCCAGAAGAGGCCUUUGUCUAAGGAAUGAUUACGCGGGGGGAGGGUACUUGGGUCAUUUUUUGCUGGAUAUGUGUCGCUGGCCUCUCAGAACCCCUACCCCUUUAUGGUCUAUUCUGUGGCCAGUUAAAGACCCCAUCUUAGUCACUUUUGGGCAACUGUAAUUUUCGCUAUCCCAACUUAGUCACUUUCUAUUUAUGUAUCUACUUUAUCAAUCCUUUAAAUAGGUCACCCUCAAAUGAAUAGACCCUUUUUUAAAUUGAAUGAAGAAAACCUUACUUCUCAGCUACAAUACAAACAUUCUGGUACGUUUGCUAACUGUAAAUGUGAAGAACUUUCUAACCCCAAAAAUCUGAAAAUGUGCGACCCCAUUCUAGUAACUCUAUUGAAAAUGCAACCCCGUUAACGUUAUAGUCAAUCCAUUCGUGAAAAUGCGACCCCUUCCAGCAGCACAUUCCCAUUAGCCUCUUUUAAGGACGUAGCUUCCCCGCCCCCCCCCCCCCCCCCUUUCGGAAUGAUUUAAGACUUAGGGUGGACGGUUCAGUAUUUUAAAAAGUAAGUAGCAAACGCAAGGGCAAGCUUUUCUUCAUUGCAAGAUCUUAUUUUAAUUAUUUUACUGACAUGCCAUUUUAAGGAAUCACUUUAGACGGAUGCUACGAAUGCUAUGAAAUAGUAGUUACAGAUUACAUGUUUUGUCUUCCCACUGUGAGUCAUGCAACAUGACGCUAGAAACGGGCUAAAUUACUACUACUACUACUACUACUACUACUACUACUACUACUACUACUACUACUACUACUACUACUACUACUACUACUACUACUACUACUGCUACUGCUACUGCUACUGCUACUACUACUGCUACUGCUACUGCUACUGCUACUGCUACUGCUAGUGCUACUGCUACUGCUACUGCUACUACUACUACUACUACUACUGAUGAUGAUGAUGAUGAUGAUGAUGAUGAUGAUGAUAAUAGUAAUAAUAAUAACAAUAAUAGUAAUAAUGAUAAUGAUAAUAAUUAAGAGAAAAACGGGCUAAAUAAUACUAUAUUUAAGUGCAUUUGUAACAUGAUCCAACUUACUUUACAGGUUCGGUUUCUCGAAGACAGAGGAUCCUCUGAAGUGAAAGCCUCGCGACUGUACAUCUACAGUGGAAUAGCCUCGUUGCUAGUCCGUCCCGUGAUUGGUCGAGUGAAUGACCUCACGUGGGUUAAUCCGUGCUACAUAUACACCGUAGCAGCUGCUCUAGAAGGCGUGUUUACCAUCCUGUUGCCUUUUGCCUCGACGCAGUUUCAUUUUGUAAUAUAUUUUGUAUUCUAUGGAUUGGCUGACGGUACAGUGGGAUGCGGCAUUAAUAUUGCUAUAUUAAACAGUCUCCCGGAGAGGCUAAAGCCAUUGGGAUUUGGCAUUUAUAAUUGUCUGUCAUGUAUCACUUCAGCUUGUGGUCCGGCUCUUGGAGGUAUAUAUUUUUAAAAUGAGUUAUGUAGUUUCUAAACGUCCCACUGAUCUAAAACUAAUGUAGUUUCACACUUGAUAUACUUAAAAAAUGCUGAGAAGUAGGAGUUAAUUGAAAGUGGACAACGCGCAUGUACAAGAAAAGACUUAAGGCGGGGUAGAUUUCACUCGAAGCCCCUUUCACCCUCCUCACACCCACGCAUGCUCAAGGUUUUAUAUUAGUCUCUUUCAGCGGUUAACAAUAAAAUUUAAGCACAGAACGUGAAAGUAAACAAAAGAGCGACAUCCCUUUAAAAAAAUUAAAACUAUACUGAGAUCACGUGAUGCGAUUUAAAUUUUGAAGGCUAUCUUUAUAACUGUAAAAUUGACCGCCAAGGAACUUAACAGUACAUAAUCUACUCAAAGGCAAAUUACAAUUAUUAAAAUUUGAAUGACCUACAUGUAUGUAAUGAGGAUAGCCUAUAUUUGGUUACACUGUCUGCAAUGUCUAUUUUCUUUAAUAGCAGUGUGUUGACAAACGCUACUUUUAAUUACCGCUAGCAACAUGGUCAUUGUUUCAAUGUUCUGGGACAAGUGUACUCUAAGAUGGUCGUGAAAGGCUAUAAAAUUCUUUUUUUUCUGUUUCGUUUUUUUUUUUUAACUUCCCUGAUCCUCGGAGCCAAGCAUGAAAGUUAUUAUUAUGCAUUCAAAACAAUUCACCGUUUCUGAUUGGCUCCAAAGCCCCAACUUAUCGUUCAUAACCAAGUGGCGUUUACCAUAUUUGAAAAAUGGAAGCAUUACUUGUAUACCAUCCAUUCGACGGUAUAUUUGAAUUGGAAACGAGGUUGAUCGAUAGUAUAUUUGAUUGGAAACGAGGCUGGUAGGGCAAUAGACCAUCGCCAAGCCGCCAGGCUGUUUAUUCACGAGUGAACUAGAACAAAUGGCGUUCACGGUUAUCCGAAGACGAAAUAGCUGAUUUUUUACUUAAUCUGGACGGGAGAACUACAAGAAUACGCUAAACAUAUCGCCCGAUGGAUUUCAGCUAUUUUUUGACGAGUACAUGUAUCUGCAAGGAAAAACAUCUGCUUUUGAAACCGUACCGAGAAUUAAGCCAAAGGUUUGAAGAAAGUCUAUGAGUAGGUAGUCUUGUUCAGAACUUAGAAGCAUUUUAAAUAAUUAAAAGAAUAAUAAAGCAAUUAUCGAAUUCGGCUUUCGUAGGAUGUGAAGAAUUAUGCAGAUCGAUCUCGGAGGAUGUUGCCUCGGUGGAUAACAUCCUCCUCGAUUUGUAUAAUUCUUCACAUCCUACUCAGCCUCAUUCAAUAAUUUCUAAACAUAUUUUUUCGUUUUUCUCAUUUAUUUGUUCUCUCUUCAGGAUUGGUUGCAGAUAUUAGUGGAUCUUACGUUCCAGUAUUUCACAUGGUUGGAACCAUCAUGUUGGUCGGUGCUGCCUUGCUUCUUGGCGUUUCUUGCAUCAAGAAUCCAGACAAACUGAGAACAGAGCAGGACGUAGAUUUAUGGGAGAUGCUUCUGGUGGUGGAGAAGUGUUCCGUUGUGUGAAUGGAAUUUUAAGUCAACACACCCCGUAUUAAAUGAAAUCCAUUAAAUAUGGGUUCCAAUUUCUUAAAAGCUACGCUCUUAAAGGGCGCUUUCCAAGGAGGAAGGGAGGGGUACUCAACAUAGUUUUAUACGGGGAAGCUCCCCCCCAUGGUCCAACCCUUUACCCCUAUAUAUACUAUUUUUGAUAGAAAAAGUAUGCCUUUCAAAUACCUAGUUUAGAACUUUGCAUCCCUUUUAACAGGUGUAAAUGCACUGUCUUUUAAUUAUGAACAAAUCAUGAAUUCAGUACGUUUUCCCGACUUUUUCAAAGCCAUAAAACACAUCAGUUAGCCUUAUUAGGCCUUUUACAGACCGAAAUACCAGAUUUUCCUACCCUUUCUUACACUCUAACUAGUGAAAUCCCUACCCUUUCCCAUACCUGAAGCCUGAAAUAUGGACCCCUUUCGGGCGGAGCCACUUCGAAUAGGCCAUUAUACAGAGUAACUCCUCCCCCGCCCUCACCGGGCACUUUCCAAAGUCAGAACUGGCCGGCUUCUAGGUCAGCCAUUUUGAAAAUAAAAUAGUACUAGUGUUUUCUCCAUCGCUGCCGUGUAUUCCACUGAUUAAGAAAUUAACUGAUCUCGCUGCAUAGUCCAGCUUAGGAUUGAAAUCUUCCUUACGACUAGACUGGUGUGGCCAGUCAGUUCUGACAAAUGGUAAGCUCCAUCAAGAUUGAGUAAGACCCCAUGAUUUGACUCCCGAACUGACAGGAAAAUCUGGUCGUACGUGAUUUCCAAAUAAGAAAGACUUAAUGUCACUUGUAGGUCAGAAUGUUAGUAUGAAUGGAUGUAGUCGUACUAUUAACGAGGCUGCCGAAAAAACGUGGUGGUCGUUACCCAUUUAAACCCCUUAUUUCAAAAUUUAAAGUAUUCAUUGUCACCCCUAUACAUUUCAGUCUUAUGUGGGGGGGACCUGGGCUAGACCUUGUACCGCAAACUCUGAAGUCUGGACUCUGGACUUGGAACUCCGGAAAUUAAUAAGAUUUUUUUGAGGUAUUGUCCUUCUUUAGACAAUCUAGUAUAGCUCAGUUUCCUGUGAAACUCAGAAAUCAGUCAGUGAACACCAGAAAUAAUUAUUAUGAAGUACAUUGCGUUGCGAGGCCAAAAGCCUAUAAGGCGCGAGAAAACUAAACCGCGCACAAAACUGAAAACGCAACGGUAAAAAUAGUUUGCACUUGCCACGAGCUUUCUUGUGAUUAGUUACUGCACAGUUUACGUGCCUGAAAUAUUUUAAGUAUUCGUGGUUUUCUGAGUUUGAUAUCAGGGACUUUAAAGGAGGCGGUGGCAGCGAAAACGUCGCUUAAAAAGUGAAUUUGCGAUCCUGCAGUCUUUAUCGCGAUUAUUCCUACCCACUUACUUCGUCAGUGAAAUAAAAUUUCAUCGUCGCUUGUUUACGUCCACUUUACAACGUAAAAGUAACCAUUUACACGACGUAGUCGUACAAAAA